ACACUUCCCCGCCGACGCCCCAAAGGAGCAGCCGCUCCUCCUAGCGUCUCCACGGCCGUUCCCGCUGAGCUGCUCUCCCGCGCUGCGCUCCCCCGAUGGAGCCCGAGCGCCGCGGCCGCCACUGCUGCCCCGAGCCCUGAACCGGGCCGCCCCGGCCGGAGGAGCGUGCCGCCCGGCCCGAGGGCGCACCAGGCUCACGCCAAGGCCAGAGGCCGCCGGGGGUGCCGGGCACCGGCUUCGGGAACGAGAAAGUGCGGCUCUCCCGGGUCACUUGGCCGGCGGCGGGGCGGACCAUGGCUUUGAAGGACACGGGCAGCGUCGGCAGCACCAUUCUGCCCAUUAGCGAGAUGGUGUCCUCGUCCAGCUCGCCUGGUGCGUCGGCAGCCGCCGCCCCGGGGCCCUGCGCGCCCUCGCCCUUCCCCGAGGUGGUGGAGCUGAACGUGGGAGGUCAGGUCUAUGUGACCAAGCACUCAACGCUGCUCAGCGUCCCGGACAGCACUCUGGCCACGAUGUUCUCGCCCUCCAGCCCCCGGGGCGGCGCGCGACGCCGGGGCGAGCUGCCCAGGGACAGCCGGGCGCGCUUCUUCAUCGACCGAGACGGCUUCCUCUUCAGGUACGUGUUGGAUUAUCUGCGGGACAAGCAGCUGGCGCUGCCGGAGCACUUCCCGGAGAAGGAGCGCCUCCUGCGCGAGGCCGAGUACUUCCAGCUCACCGACCUGGUCAAGCUGCUAUCGCCCAAGGUCACCAAGCAGAACUCGCUCAACGACGAGGGCUGCCAGAGCGACUUGGAGGACAACGUCUCGCAGGGCAGCAGCGAUGCGCUCCUCCUGCGGGGGGCGGCGGCCGCCGCGCCCUCGGGCUCCGGAGCGCACGGUGGCGGCGGCGCACCGGACAAGCGCUCGGGCUUCCUCACGCUGGGCUACCGCGGCUCCUACACCACAGUGCGCGACAACCAGGCGGACGCCAAGUUCCGGCGUGUGGCGCGCAUCAUGGUGUGCGGACGCAUCGCGCUGGCCAAGGAGGUCUUCGGGGACACGCUCAACGAGAGCCGCGACCCUGACCGCCCGCCCGAGAAGUACACGUCCCGCUUCUACCUCAAGUUCACCUACUUGGAGCAGGCGUUCGAUCGCCUGUCCGAGGCCGGCUUCCACAUGGUGGCGUGUAACUCCUCCGGCACCGCAGCCUUCGUCAACCAGUACCGCGACGACAAGAUCUGGAGCAGCUACACCGAGUACAUUUUCUUCCGACCACCUCAGAAAAUGGUGUCGCCGAAACAAGAACAUGAAGAGAGGAAACAUGACAAAGUCACAGAUAAAGGAAGUGAGAGCGGGACUUCCUGUAAUGAGCUCUCCACUUCCAGUUGUGACAGCCACUCAGAGGCCAGCACGCCCCAGGACAACCCACCCAGUGCCCAGCAGGCCACGGCUCACCAGCCUAACACCUUGACCUUGGAUCGCCCUUCCAAAAAGGCACCUGUGCAAUGGAUGCCCCCACCGGACAAACGCAGAAACAGUGAACUCUUUCAGACACUCAUCAGCAAGUCCCGGGAAACAAAUCUUUCCAAAAAGAAAGUCUGUGAGAAGCUCAGUGUAGAAGAAGAAAUGAAGAAGUGUAUUCAGGAUUUUAAAAAAAUCCACAUUCCAGAUUAUUUUCCAGAGCGCAAACGCCAGUGGCAAUCUGAACUGCUACAGAAGUACGGGUUAUAGUAAUUAUCACUUUCCUGCAGUAUUUCAAUGACGUUCGAUGUUUACUACAGUGUCACCACCUGACUGUGUCUUAACAAUGGUCAGUGUGAUUCUUGCUGCUCUUCCGUUUUGUGAACAGUGGAUGUGGGACAGUAUUUUUUUUCAUUCUGUUCUGUUGUUGUUGUUUUUAGAAACGUUUAAAAAAAGAAAACCAAUAAAUGUCGAAUCAAAAUGGUGUGUCUGAUUCAAACCACUUUUCAAGAAUGAAAGUAAAAUGUGCAUGAUCAAGAAGCUUAGAAUCUUGAUUUUUGAACUGUGGUCAACUGGAUAUGUUUAUCAUUUUGUAACUCACUAAAAUGAAAUCAUCAUAUCACUCCAGCUAAAAUGACAAUAUGGAUGAAACAACGUCAAGCAAAAUGUUAGAUGAUGGAGUUGGGACCCAAAUCCAAAACUGUUUAAAUGUUAAUGCAAUAAAACAAGUAUUAUUUUUGCAUGAGUACAAUGUUUCAAACAAAUCACAAGAUAUAGGAAAGAUCUGUUUGUUGCUUGGAAAGAAAAAAUAUCACAAAAUGUAAAGAAAAAAAUGUUUCAGGCAAAGCCUAUACAUGUAAGCUAUCUAGGAGAUUGAAUUUUGUUUGUUCAAGAUCUGUGGUUUUUUUGUGUAAUGUAUGGUGUUCUGUAUGUUAAGAUGGUGUAAAUAUGCCUUAUACUAUUGUGUUCUGGCACUGACAUUCAUCUAUUAAUGCUAGUCAUGAUUAUUUCUGUGAAAUGAGUCCUUACAUGGGGAUGUGAAAAUUGGUAUAGUGAUGUUCUGGAAGAUUCUACUAUCAUAUUAAUCAAAAUAAUUGAGGGAAAUGGUAAAGAGCUUUAUGUAUUUAUUAAAAAAGGAAAAUAUAUUAGAA